AGACCGCUUUGAGGGAUCGGGUCACUCGCCAUUGUUUGCUUCUAGCUCUACUCUUGCCGACGGAACGGAAGAGGCCCGUCGAGCGCGGUGUCGGUAGUGGUGGGAGCAGCGGCGGGAAUGGCGGGCGGGAGCGACAAGAUCGACUACGUGUUCAAGGUGGUGCUGAUCGGGGACUCGGCAGUGGGGAAGUCUCAGAUCCUGGCGCGGUUCGCGCGCAACGAGUUCAGCCUCGACUCCAAGGCUACCAUCGGGGUGGAGUUCCAGACGCGGACCCUCGUCAUCCAGCACAAGAGCGUCAAGGCCCAGAUCUGGGACACCGCCGGCCAAGAGAGGUACAGAGCCGUCACCAGUGCAUACUAUAGAGGUGCAGUUGGGGCGUUAAUGGUUUACGAUAUCACGAGACGUCAAAGCUUCGACCACAUUUCUCGGUGGCUCGAGGAGCUGCGGAGCCAUGCCGACAGGAACAUUGUGAUCAUGUUGGUAGGCAACAAGACCGAUCUCGAGGACCAGAGAGCAGUGACCACCGAAGACGCCCGCGAGUUUGCUCAAAAGGAAAACCUAUUCUUCCUGGAAACAUCAGCACUGGAGGCCACCAAUGUGGAGAACGCGUUCCAAAUGGUGCUCACCGAGAUCUUCAACAUUGUCAACAAGAAGAACCUGACUUCUGAUCCCCAGAGCAAUAACAGUGCACCAGCACUGCCUGGGAAGAAGGUCAUCAUCCCUGGCCCAGCUCAGGAGAUACCAAAGAGUAAGACAUGCUGUAAGACUUCCUAAGCCUUGCUCGCCUUCGGUCUCGAGUCAUUUGAGCUGUGUCACAGUAAUAACAAUGUUUCUUUUAGUGGCAAAAUGUUUUGUAGGGGAACAGCUUUAUAAACUUUGAAGCAUCAAUUCGAUCUA